AUGGCAAUUUUUAAAUCAAUUUCAUCAAUUUCAAAUUCAACUAGUGCAAUGGGAAGUUCAAAUAGUACCUCUAAUCGUAAUGGAUUCACUAGUAAUGAUAAUUCAAUUGCAUAUUUUGAUGGUGGUUGUGGUGGUAGUGGUUUAGGUGGAUGGGGUGGUUUAAGUGGAUGGGGUGGUGAUGGUGGUUUUAAUGGUGGUUGUAGUGGAGGUUCAAACACAAAUAUCAUUAACCUUGACAUUGAUAUUGGUCGUCGUCGUCAUCGUAGAUGUUGUUAA